AUUGUGAUAGUGUAAUGUACAAUAUACUGUAAAUCAUGACAAAUUAGAUUUAAUUAGUCAUGCUAGAAAUGUGUAUCUGAAAACGAUUAACCAUCAAAUCGGUCGUAACAUUGUAAUAUAAUUGUCGAAAAAUUGUUUGUAAACGGAAUGUAAUUAAUUAUUAAUAAUUAUUUAUUAUUUAUUUCGAUCUGUCAGCUCUUAAACCGACAGUUUUUUUAUAAUUAUUUUGUGUCUUGUCGUACUUGUCGAAAAUGUCUCAACAGCAACAUCAGCAAUUCCAAAGCAUACCCCUGGAUACUGUCGAAUCGCAAUGGGAAAUUUUAUUUAAUCGCUUUGACAGAAAUCGUGAUGGUAAAAUAUCUAUCAAUGAGUUACAUCAUGUCUUAAAACAAGGAGCUGGUGAACAAUACAAUGUACCUCCUAAAAUUUUAGCGAUAAUUUCACAGAAAGCUGAUCACAACCAAGAUGGAUAUAUUAACUUUAGAGAAUUUUUACAUUUGAUGGAACAAGAACCAAUAGCUAAAAAUUUGACUACAAAUUUUUUUAACAAAUACAUUCAUUAUACAAUUGUACCAAGAGGACCUCCUAGAUUGCGUACUGGAGGAUUGGAUCAUACUGAUGGUGAUUAUGAAGAUGAAUACUCUUGUAAUCCACCAGCAUUAUGUAUGGUUAUUGUUAGUCUGAUUGAAGUAAUAUUUUUCACUUGGGAUGUUAUAAAAAUGAAAUCACCAGAAUCAAUCCAAGGCCCUAUGGCUUCAAUGUUUAUUUACAAUCCUCAUCGUAGACGUGAAGCUUGGAGAUUUCUGUCCUAUAUGUUUGUACAUGUUGGACAAACUCAUUUGAUUGUAAACUUAAUUGUGCAGUUAUUACUUGGAGUACCAUUGGAGAUGGUUCAUCGUGGUUGGAGAGUAGUAUUAAUUUAUUUAUCGGGAGUUUUAGCUGGUUCUCUAGCCACGUCAGUAACUGACCCUUCAGUUUAUUUAGCUGGUGCUUCUGGAGGUGUUUAUGCUUUGAUCACAGCACAUGUAGCUACUAUAAUUAUAAAUUGGUCUGAAAUGGAGUUUGCUAUUUACCAACUCUUGACAUUUACUUUUCUGAUUUUCUUUGAUUUUGGAUCAUCUAUUUACAAUCGCUAUUAUGUUAAUGUGGACAAUCAGAUUGGUUAUACUGCACACUUGGCUGGUGCUAUUGCUGGUCUACUCGUUGGAGUGUACACUUUACGAAAUCUUAACGUUCGCCCAUGGGAAAAAAAAUUAUGUUGGUUAUGUUUUGUCAUUUAUGUGUUAUUGACAGGCUCAGGUAUAAUGUGGAAUUUAAUAUUUCCUGAACAUUUUUCAAAAGAACAAUAUUAAAAGUUAAAAUUAUAUUAGUAUCAAAUGUUGGAUCAAAUCCUAUCGCACAAAUAUUAAAAAAAAAACAGUAUAUGAUUUUUAUAAAACAGAUCCAAUUUCAGAAAAGUUAUGACUAUGAGCUUUGUUACUUUAUAUUGUGAGAUAAUUUUAUUAGUCAAUUAUAUAUUACUAAGUAAAUAUGUGUUA